AUGAACACGACGAAAAAGGUUGCAAUCAUUGGUGCUGGGCCCUCGGGUCUUGUCAUGGCCAAAACUCUUCUACACCACUAUCCAAAAGGCUACUUUGAACCCAUCAUAUUUGAUUCGAAGCCCACCGUCGGCGGGAUAUGGGCUGUGACCAGGCCGGAUGGCAGCACUUUAAGGAAUGGUUCAUCGGAGUUUGUGGACUGUUUUAUGCGCACGAAUCUGAGUCGGUUUACUGUUUCAUUUUCGGAUCAUCCUUGGAAUGGUGAAAGUCAGGAUAAGGAUGGCAAUGAAGAAAACAUGUUUCCGCAGGCGUGGAGGGUUGUGAUUCGUACGCAGCGGAAUCAGGUUGACGGGAAUACUCCUACGGCGAGACGAUGGACAGUUGUAUGGACUGAUCAAAGUCGUUCUGAUGGAGAAGAGCAUCUCUCGGAAUCAUUCGACUAUCUCGUUGUUGCGUCUGGGUAUUUCAGUCGCCCCUUUAUUCCAUCCAUCACCGGUCUGGAUCAGUUCCCCAAGGAUAGGGUCAUACAUAGCUCAGCUAUCAGAUCAAGCAGUCAAAUCCUGACCAGUCUUGGAGGAGAUGGCGGCAAAAUCCUCGUUGUCGGUGGCAGCAUGUCCGGUGCCGAAGCUGCAGCUUCAAUGGCCCUGGAUCUACCAUCAAAAAGCAUAGAUAUGGAGAGGAAAAGACCGGUAAUACAUCACAUUACCACCCGCCCAUUUUGGGCCGUCCCUACUUAUCUGCCCGCGAACGACCAACCAGGCUACUUCCUACCGUUAGACAUAGUCAUGUAUGACCUAUCUCGAAGACCUCCAGGCGAUAUUCAGUAUGCCUUGGGACCCGUCACGGCGGAAAGAGCGAAUAUGGUCCAUGCAUAUUUUGAGUCAUUGCUUGGAACGGAUCAGUCCGAUGUUGCAGAGGAAUUGGCCUUGAAAGCCCAAAGUCAGGAUAGAAGUAGUGCGCCGUGGGUUGCUGUGACGGAUCAUUAUCCUGGGUUUGUACGUGCGGGAGAUAUUGCGCCUACUUUGGGACGAGUGUCGGGAACGUCUUGGACUGGUGAAGAAGCAGGAUCGAAAGGUGUCGUGGAGAUUGAACAAAAUGAUGGGAGAACGCUAAAACUCGACAACGUCGCUGCCAUAGUAUUUGCAACUGGCUUCACACCCUUUGAUUCUCUAUCCUUCCUACCGGAAGAAAUUUUGCAAUUCCUGGAGUACACUGAAAAUGACACUGUCUUUCCUAUAGUACUUGACGAAAAGGGCGUUCGGAAUCCUAAAAUCCCUGACCUGGGCUUUGUCGGCAUGUAUCGUGGCCCCUACUGGGGUGUUAUGGAAAUGCAAGCACGAAGUCUGGCACGUCAAUGGAGUGGCCAGGUCAACAACGUCAACACCAACAAUGAUAUGACCAAAGUCAAAGAUCUCAGGACGACUUCGUCACGCGCCCAGUUCCCUAUGGGUGAUUACGUCGGACUGAUGGAGACAUUUGCGCGAGAAAUGCAUAUACCGCGAAAGUCACUUCAAGGUCAUACUACGGAGAGAACAGGACCUGUUAUCCCUGCACGGUACUUUGAGCCUACAAGCACCGGCGAGAAUGACAAUAGCAACAAUAGUAAGAUCGCUUCCUUACGAAAUCUGCUCUUGGACCCAACCGAACCAUCCUCGAACCAUAAAGAACGACAGCGAGGGCUCUCAAAGGCAAUAUUGAGAGCUCUGCAUGGCCAUUGGCUAUAUGAACGAGAAUUAUUACCAGAAAUGAAAACGGUCACAGGCCAAGCAUCGAUUCGUCUUCAAAAAGCCUCUUUCGACAAGGAUUCAGGUUUCAGCAUGGAAUUCAUAUACGAGGAAGACUCCGGUUCGACAACACAAGAAGAGGAGGGAAAGGUUAUUUUUCGAAUUUCUGAACAAGAUGGCCGCAUUGAUACUGCAAGACAUACUACAAAGGGCAGGUUCAGAUUCGUGAACGUUGAGAAAAUCGAGGACGGUGAUAGUAGCGCCCCAUAUCAAUACCGACAUCUAGCUAAAGAGCUUGAUGUGGCGCCUUCUGAUAUUGACAGAAAUUACGUUUUCAACAUGAAAGGCGUGACUAUGACUUCGUGGAAAGUGAAAGUCGAAAAUAAACAAACAAACACGGCCACCGUUACCAAGUAUAGUCGAUGA